AUGCUUGACAAAAUGACUGUGCAAGUUCGAGACGGAAAAGAAGGCUACAUUGACGAAGCACGAAAGCUAGCGGACUCCGUUCAGGCGUUUCGAACUGUCCGUACUUUUGGCACUGUACAAAGGGGCAACAAUGAGGAUGUUGGAAGAUACGGGUUAUAUUGGCUCCUUGAUCAAACUGAAGCUGAGUACGGGUUUGUAGAUGGAGUUGCAAGUGAGAUCAGAUCGAAACAGACGGCCAUUAUCAGAGCUUUACAAAUCGUCGUUAGUUACGAGGAAAAUCAUUCAGACGAAUUCAUGAAACUACUCGAGUCCAUGUGA